CGCUUAUAUGUAUAGAGAGGAAGUACUGAGGCUGAAGGCUGAGGAGUUGUUUAAGUCAGUGUGACAGUGAUACAGAGACGGAUAAGGGCCGAGGGGAACAGUUUGAUUAGACGUGAUUAGAAGUGCUGAUUAAAGGUCCUUGUUCCUCUGAUGUCCUCUGAAGACCUCACUGUCUGAUCUAGUCAUCAUGGAGGUUUUGUACACGAACUCCUCCGUGCUCUUCGUCUCUCAUAGACCACUCAACUACACUGGGGACAAGACGGUGUACGAACAUUGCAAAGACAUGCCUGAAGUUCUCAUUUGGUACUUGUGCCUGCAGUUCAUUAACAUGUUUAUGGGCAUCCCAGCCAACCUCAUGGUUUUGUGGCUCAUCCAUAGGAACAAGGGUGACUCCUCCACCUCAGAUAUCUUCAUCGUUCAUCUGGCUGUUCUAGACGUACUCUUUUGUCUCAUCCCUCCGCUCGAGCUUGCCAACAUAGUCUUCAUUACAACCAGCAGCACCUGGUACGUCCUGCGUUUCUUCUACGGCAUGAAAGACACCUCACCUCUCUUCCUCUCCUGCAUCUGUCUGGACCGCUACGUGGCUGUGUUCCACCCCAUCACCUUCACCAAUCUCAAGGACCGUCAACACAGAGCAGUCCUGGCCUUUGUAGUCUGGCUGAUCAUUCUGGCCUACGCCGCUGCUAAAUGUGUAGGCAACAUUUACAACUUCGAGAAGGUCUUCACGGCGAUGAUCCUCGCCUCAUUCGCCUUCAUGGUGUUCUGCAACAUCGCAAUCCUGUGGGCGCUGAGGCAGUCCGGGCCUGGCAGAGAUGAGAUGCAUCCUGUUAAGAAGAGAGCCUUCAAGAUGGUGCUCAUCAUCCUGGCCAUCAUAGUGUUCAACUACUUCCCACCUGUUGCUCUGUUCCCCUUUCAGCACUACUUUUCUCCUUCUGUGUUUACCUGCUACAUUCACUAUGUCGCAUUUGGCUUGAUGGACUUCAGCAGCAGCAUUCAGCCGGUGCUCUAUCUAUCCAAGGAGAAACUGCCAAGGAGCCUCAACUGCUGCCAGAGCAGUGCGACCCAACUCCAAUAAGAGGUGCAUGUUUUCACGUGAAUGUACUGUUGUUGUGAAAUAUAGGAGAAUAAAUUCUGUUCUUAAUGUUAUGUUAAAAAAUGUUGAUUAUUAAAAGAUAUUUUGUGCAGUAGUUCCCAACCUGAGGUAAGGAUGAUUGCAAAUAAUAGAUUUAUCAGUUUGUCAGUUUAGCUUAGCUUAGCACAAAGAGUGGAAACAGAGGGAAACAGCUAGCCUGGCUCUGUGAAAUGGUAACAACAUCGUCCUCCCAGCCCCUAUAAAGCUCAAUGAGAAACAGAGUGGUAUUCAUCUUCUCCUCUAACGGAGAAACCACACUUUAAAGGCUCUGUCUGGAGUCAGUAUUUAGUUUGUCUGUUCUGGGCUACUGUAGAAACACAGCGUUUCAACAUGGCGGCCUCCAUGAAAGGGGAGCCGCUCCCACUGUAGAUAUUAAAAGGAGAAUUUUUAAAUAACAAAAACUAAAAGAUUCUUAUUGUCAGGGGAUUAUACAUGCAUGAAAACAUUGUUAUGAAUAUUAUAUUUCAUGUAUGCCUUAUUCUGGGAAUAAAGUCCCCCCAAUCUUACACACUGCACCUUUAAUUAUCCACAAUUUUGGUAAUGGAUUAAUCUCAGGCCAAAAAAUAAUAAAUUAUAAUUAAAUAAUUGCUCUUUUCCUGUUUUUCUUGUUUCAUAUGAUACAAAACUUAAUCUAUUUGUUUU